AAACCGGGUUAGUAUACUCCAAAAAUGCAAUAUUGCAAUUUCACCCCUAUUUCUCGGUGACCAGCUCUUUCAUCACCUUUGCUGCUGCUUCUGAAACUGACAUCUCUGGAGGAGUCUCAGGUUAGAGCUAUAAGCCUUAAUUGAACUGUUAUGGGGAGUGAAGAAGCAAAGGAUCCCUUCAAAGGGGUGGAUUGGAAAGCUGUUGGUGGUGAGAUGCAGCAGAAUCCUAGUGCUAAACCGGCCUUGAAGAAACGGCUCCCCAAGAAAGUUAGGCAAAUCCCGGAAUACUAUUUUCUUCCUCGAUGGCCAUUAUGGAAGGCGUUCGGCUUCUGCAGCAUAUGCAUUGCUGGUGGAGUAGGUGCUGGAAUGCUAGUGGAGGCCUGGAUUGAAAAGAAAGUUAAAGAGGAUGGAGGGGUUAUAUGGGAGUUCGAUAAGUAAACUCGUGAUGGGCAAGCAAUGUCCACUGUGCUCCGCACACAUUGAAUUUAGGGUGUUUAUGUGAUCUUUCGGGAAAAAAUUUAAAUGUGUGACUAUAUUUUUCUUUUGGGGAAAUUUGAGGCAUUGAGAUUUCAAACAGCACCUAUAAUUAUGACAUCCUUUUGCACAU